AUGAUCGUGGGGGGCGCCUUCUACGGCUACGUCGUGGGCAACAUCUCGGUGAUCCUUGCGAGCAACGACGUGAACUGGCGGGCACAGAAGGAACGGCUGGAACUCAUCGAGGCAUGGCUCACGCACCACCGCUUUCCAACCCAGCUCCGACGAAGGGUCUGGGCAUACUACAAGCAGACCGUGAACAGCCAGGUGUGCUGGGACGAUGCGACCGUCUUCCAUGAGCUGUCUUCUGAGCUCAGGGAGGAUGUCGCCACCUUCUUGAUCCAUCCGAUGCUGCCGAAGAAUCUCAUCUUCCGGGGGGUGCCCACCAGCGUGCUGAUCCGCCUCGUUGGGAUACUGCAGCAGGUGACCGCCAAGAAGCGCGACCGGAUCGUGCCAUCAGAGAAGUUCGCCAGGGGCAUGUUUCUCAUCCUCGACGGCGCCGCAGUCUUCGAGAAGGCGCUGGAGGCUACGGACGUCUUGAAUGAGGGCUCGGAGGUAAGCUCUGAAGUCUAA